AUGGCUCUUAAGAGGGACUGUGAGAGACGGCAGAGGGAACUUUGGCGAGGGACACUGUCGGAGGAGCCCAGAUUCGUGGAGCCUAUCCAGAAUGUGACCAUCGCCGCCGGCAGGGACGUGAAGCUCUCCUGCGUCGUGGAUAACCUCGGUUCCUACAAGGUCGCGUGGAUUGCUUUUGACAAAUCUGCCAUCCUGACUGUGCAGGACCACGUGAUCACCCGGAACCCGCGAGUGAACGUCACGCACGAUGGACACCGCACCUGGACACUGCAUCUGUCACGGGUCAACGCCACCGACGCCGGUACCUACAUGUGUCAAGUCAACACCAUCGUCGCCAAGAGUCAGUUCGGCGUCCUUAAUGUCGUCGUGCCACCCAACAUCGUGGACAGCGAGAGUUCUGGGGACGUGAUGGUGCAAGAAGGUGCCAACAUCACCCUCACCUGUAGUGCCAUUGGUACCCCCACACCUUCCAUCACCUGGCGGCGAGAAGACCACCUGAGCAUUAACCUCAACAAGACUUACCGAGUGAUGGAGUAUAAUGGAGCCAGUCUACAGCUCGCACGCGUCAGCAGGAUGGAUAUGGCCGCUUAUCUGUGCAUCGCCCGCAACGGUGUUCCUCCCAUCGUCAGCAAGCGGAUCCAAGUCAGCGUCGACUUCCCGCCCAUGAUGAGCAUCCCUCACCAGCUGGUCGGGGCGCCCCUCAGUUACAGCAUCACCCUGGAGUGUACCAUCGAGGCCCACCCACCCGCCCUCACCUACUGGACCCGGGGCCAGGGCGUCAUGCUUCACCAGGGCCGCAAGUACCACAUCACAGAACGGACUGGAGAGGUGUCGUACCGCACACACAUGAAGCUGACCAUCAGGAGCCUGAGGCGAGAGGAAGACUACGGCCCUUACAAGUGUGUGGCCAAGAACUCCCGCGGCGAGACGGAGGGACUCAUCAAGCUCUACGAGACGGAGCCACCGACGCCAGCACCCACCAACCCUCCGUCUUAUCUGGACAAACUCUUCAAAGACUUCCACUACAAGACAACCAACAGUGUGGCGGGUAAAGGCGAAGGAGACAAGUUGAAUCUGGAUGCCCAGGGAGAGCUUGGCGAGGAGGACAACGAGCUCCUGCGUGCGGAGGACCUGGGAGAGAGGGAGAAUGUCGACCAGAUGGGAGGAGAACGGGAAGAAGAGAACGGAAGGAGGAUGGACGGAGAUAGACAGCAUGAGAGGGGACGACAGGAACAGGAGCGGGGGCACUACUUCACCACCAUCUUCAACGCCGCUCCUGUCGGUCGGGAGGUGCGGGUGUCCCUGCAGCUGGUGAUGGUCGGCGCCGUUGCCCUCCACUUCAACUUGCUCUUGUGAUGAAGAGGACUUCCGAUGCAUAACUCAAGUUUCCGAAUUGUGAAUAACCCUAGCUAGAGUUUCCAUGACAUGGGAUAAUAGUCAUUGUUUCUCGCUCUCUCAUGGUUGUCAUUUUUUUUUUUGAGUGAAGAUAAUGGUGCGAUAGGUAGGCCUACUGUGUACCAUAGUGUAGAGUCGUGGAAAAACGUUAUACCCAUUUUUCCGAACUCUCAGAAAAGCGGUUAAUAAUUUACUUGUCUUGUGCUAACCUGUCAGAAAAUACAUAGUAGCAACACGAGUUGUAUAAUACUGCUGAUAAGAAUACUUGUUGGCAAUAACUAGUUACUUCUGCAAAGAAAUUAUAAUGACUUAAUCUUCACUCAGUUAGGAAACAGUCACGUGGUUGAGGCUCAGCUCCCGGACAACAAUAGCAUAUCAACCAUCAUGGGAGGACUAAGCUCACCCCUUACAAACAAUGACGACGUAUUCAACCCAUGACGUACAUUUAACACAGCACAUGACACACUCAACCCAUGGUGCAUUCAACCUAUAUAACCCACACUUAAAAAGGCACAUAACAUACUCAACCCAUGAUGCAUAAUACACUCAGCCGUUAACGUACACACGACCCUUGAUCAUACUAAACCUUGGACACGCUCUAACGGUCUAACCCAAAUCCACGACGCACGCUCAAUCAGUUACGCACUCAACCAAAGCCACACAGCCAAGUACCACACACAUACACACUCAAUCCAUGCUUCAAUCAACCAAAAAUCCCACUUAACCUAACCUAACCCAACAAUCACUUUGAGCAAACUCAAUUCAUUCAUGACCUCGUAUUGAACGCAAAUUACUUUAAACCAAGCCACACCGAACUACUAAUACUUGCUUAAACGACGAUACAUUCUCCCCACGCCUUCCUCAACUCAAGGCACACUUCUUCCUUGGUACACUGACCCUAGCCUGAGAUAUUAUGCUGAAAAUUUUAUGCCUGCCUGAUGUAUUUAUUAUGAAGUGAAGAAAUACAGCUAAUGGAAGGCCAGAUUGUUUGGGUUGGCAUAUCUGACAGGAAAGUGUGUGUGUGUGUGUGUGUGUGUGUCUGUCUAGCCUGGCGUUUUGUGGUUGGUGUUUUUCCCGGUGCUGGCGUGAUCUUUGGUUGUGUGAGUUCAAGGCAGUGAUGUGUGUGUGUGUGUGUGUGUGUGGUGAUGGGUGUCGUGGUGUGUGACUUCAACGCUUAAAGAUGUUUUGUGGUCGGUUAUAACUCGAAUCAGGACUGUACAUAUUUUAAAAUCUUUGACCACAAAAAGAUAUAAAUAAACUCCUAUUCAAUCAUAUCCUACGACUUAACAGGUUUAUGUAUGGUGUAGAUAAAGCUAUUUCAGGUCUGUCACCUCGACAGUCUCAUAUUGUAAAUAUACUAUUAGUAGCCAUUAUAUAUCAUAUGUACAGAGUUGUAUUAAAGUUAUAAAGUAACAUGAAGGAGCAGAGCGGCAGCUUUGGGGUUUUUAAGCAUUUACGAAGGUUUCAUGAACCUCUUAGAGAUUCCCAUGGCGUCAGUAAGGGCUAAGGGCUAUUCAAAACUUCCCAAUGUGUCAAGAAGACCCAACAAGUUUCAAAUGGUUUCUGGUGAUGUUAAGAGGACAGAGUUACAGUCAGGCAGCUCCUGGUGACAUUAACAGGAACUCUGUAACAUUGAGACACUUUCCAGUGAUGCUUUAAUGAUUUACGUAAACACUAAGAGGUUAUCAGCCCCCCAGGACACCUCUGUUGCACUGUGAAAUAAUUAUCUCUGUUUUUUUGUGUGUUUUGCGAUUCCUGCAUUGCGUAUGUGGUAAAAAUUCUGGCGUCCUGCUCACCACAUGGUCACACAUUGUAUGAUGUAGUUGUUUUUUAUAUGCUAAGUUGUGCCGCAAGGUGGCGCUUACUGAGGACGCAAGGUAUCACAACCAACAAUAAUUUCACCUUUCACACAUGCCGGUAAGGUUAGUUAUCGUUUCUUUUCUUGUAUAUUUUGGUUUCAUACAUUUCGCCUGUUAGUAUUUUGUUAUGUUUUAAAUAACUUUCUGUUUUCAUUAUUUUCCACUCUACAGUUCACCACCAUUCCAUAACUAUUAACUGUGUCUUGUUACCUUAUGGGGGAGCCAAAAUAUGUUUAAAUUGUGUGAUUACUUUUAUACGUUAGACUAUUUGUUAUUUUUCCUCCUGCUUUUCUGCUUCAUGGAAGACUCAACGAUCUUCCCAUCAAUCGCAGCGAAAAGUUUUGGCUGUUAAUAUAACUAACCAACGCAGUGGUGGAUCCAGGGAGGCUGAAAGAGUUUUAGCCCACCAUUGACCCAUUGUAUUAUAUAGGGCAUUAAGUAAGACUCAUGUAAUGACUGUCUAUUCUCUUAAACAAUUACUACUCACAGAACCUUAAACAUCCGCAUUGUGGUUUACGUGUUAAGUGUUAUUUUUUAUGACGAGAACACCUCCUCCCCAUCAGCCCCCAAUACAUCUUUUUUAGGCCCGCCACUGUAACUAAUCUUAUGGUAUUGUAAUCCUCUGAGGGGUAUUCAAGGCCUGAACACAGUAAAAGAAACAAUCUAAGACGAUAUUCAAAUAUUACUCAUAAGCUUGCCAACCUGAGAAUUUUUUAGAUUAUAUCAAAUAGAGAAUAUAUAUAUAUAAAUAUACAUGUGGUGUGUGUGUGUGUGUGUGUGUGAGGCACAACCUGUGCACCGCGAUAAAACAUUUAAGAAUCCUGGUAUUAGAUCAUACUCUUCUGAAGUACAGGUUCUACUCGGGUGCUCUGGUGUGUGUGGUGGUGAGAAUAACAGUAUAUCACAGAGGGAUACGUACUGUACACAAGUACAUUUUGGGUAAUUUACGGGUGUGUGGCUAGACGCCUCAGCUAUGUCGAUUCUUCUUAGUUAAAGGCGUUAUUUUCAUUGUCUCUCCAGAAUGACUAUAAAUAUAUAUAUAUAUAUAUAUAUAUAUAUAUAUAUAUAUAUAUA